GAUUACGCCAAUCCAAAUAAAUUCAGGAAAGAAGUUAAGCAAUGAGCGAAGCCGUCCCCGCCGUAGAUGCAGUGGCAGCGGAAAAACAGCGCAAAUUUCGGAUACAAGGUACCAAUCUAAAAUCGGCUGCGUUUAUGGGACUCGUUGGCGGCAUCUCGGCCUUAUUUGGAUUCUCGCGCACUCUAGCAACGGCCAAGAAAUCGGAUAGCAAAGUGCUUCAGCAGCAGGGCACACGCCAGGGCAUCAUCCUUAUGGAUGAGGGUGCAACACUUGCCAUGCGUGCUCUCGGCUGGGGUACACUUUAUGCCGUCCUUGGCACGGGCACAUUUUUCUAUGGAUUUUGGAAACUGAGCGGCGCCAAAGAUUUCGAAGAGUUUCGCAUGAAAAUGGGCAACGCCUUGCCGCGCAUUACCAAAGAUGAACCACCUCAAAGCAGCACCGACUUUGAGAGCCUUACAGAUUUAAUGAAAUACCUGGCCGCCUGGAAUAAAGAGUAGCCUUGAAAUAUAUAUAAAUAAAUAUACAUAUGUGCACACAGCGCAGAACUGAAUCAUUUGAGUAUGAUUAAAAUAAAAAUUCGGCACUCCGCUCAACUGUUCCUAAUUUUACAGUUAUUCAGCCAAUGCAUAACAUUUUAUGUAUUGUCAUCGAAUGGGACUAUUAAAAAAAAUAUAUUAAUUGUUGAAUUCAUUUA